UCUUUUUCUUCUUUUAGCAAACACAACCUUUCUUUUUCAUACACACAUCUUUCAAUAAUAUUGAGUUGUUGAACACCAAAAUGAAACCUACUUCAAAAUUGCAUGGUUUUAAUUAUGAUCAACAAAAGAUAAACAUCAAUGGCCCUCGUCCUACACCUUUGAUGAUUCGCAAGCCCAACUCAUCACACAAACAACAAAGGGUUCCCAUCAUCAUAUACACUCAAUCACCAAAGAUUAUUCAUACAAAAGCACAAGAUUUCAUGGCUCUUGUUCAAAGACUCACAGGCAUGUCAACUACCAAUCAGGUGCUGCCACGUCAGCAAGAGGUUCCUGAGUCAUCCUUGUCAGAUGGAUCAAACAAUAAUAGUAUCAACUUCAAACAGCACGAGGGUGAUGAAACUACAUCAACAACUAGCUCAGUUGAAAAGGAAGGUGUGAAUAGCAAUAUUAAUUAUGAUGAACAAAGUCCUAAUAAUAUGAUGAAAUUUGCUGAGAUGCCAUUAUUCACUCCAACUUCAUGUGAUUUCUUUAGCCCAAACAAUUCAUCUCGACCAGUUUAUAAAUUUUCUGAUUCUCCAUAUGGAAUAUUAGGAAGUUUGAUAUCUCCUUCUGGAUUGGGAUUCAUCCAAGACCUACCUGAAUAUUAGGUUCAUGCUAUAUAUUAGGCUUCAGGGUCACUUAAAUAUUAGUAAUUUUUGUAUACUUAUUUUCUUGUAAAGUUUCUUGUAUUUUUGGAUAGGAAUACUUAGUACAAGAUUACCUGUUAA